AUGGCAGACACGGACUUUCAGACACGGUUGGAGACCGAGGAAUUGUUGGCCCGCUCCGGCGGCCGCCCCCUUUACUUGACGUCGGUCGAGGUCAAUGGCGGCGACGCGUUCCUGCCCUACUUCUACCGCAAGCUCUUGCUGCCGCUUCUCGCCGACCUGGACUACACGUUGAACCUGCUCGUCCGCCACGUCGAGGACACCACCGAUAAGUUGGAGAAAACCAAUGUUUUCCGCUCGGUUAAAGCGUCGCUCCACUCUGAUUUCAAAGCGGCACUCCCGCUGCUGGUGGUGUCCUAUAAUAAGGAGCCGCUGAUCGCAACUAAAGUCAUCUUUGAUUUGCAACUGAUCAACAUCAAUGUCGGCGAAGUCUUCUUGAAUAUCAACUCGGAGGACAACUUGAACUUGCACUUGAACUACCGCAACAACAACAUCAACGACAACGCCGAGCUUGUCGAGAUUGGCGUCAACUAUAACCCCUAUCGUCCCUUUGACCACUUGUUGUCGCUGGGGACGUUUAUGGCGCUGCUCAACAACCCGGCGUUUAAGUUUUUGAUUGACGUGUGCCACGCCCAGCAGAAUAACGAGCUGUGGCAGCAGCUGAAGCAGAACCUGGCGCUGGGGGUCAUUGGCGUCCAGUACCAGCGAGGACGCGCUCUCCUGGUGCUCACUGGUUUGGCUCUUGCUAAGAGAAACCUCCACUCUAUCGAUGACAAGGCUGACGACGAUUUGAAGUUCUUUGCCGGUGAAUACUUGAAGACACUGGCGAUUAACCGCAUUCAGCUUGCCGACGUUGAGUACCAUAACCCGUUCUCGCACGUGUUCCCCGUGAGAGGUUUCCAAGCAAUUGUCCACUCCGAAGUGCUGCAGUCGCUGGAACAGCCGGCGGCGCUGUCGUACGCCACUUUUGCCAAGCUGAUGGUGGGGCUCGAAUUGUACCAAUCGUGGAGAAAUAACAACAUCACUGCCAAGCUUAGUGCCGACGUCGGUGGCAUCUACAACUUGAACCCGGAGACGCCCAUCCACAUAUCCGACCGGUUCUACCUUGGUGGCAUUUCGUCAUUGAGAGGGUUCACCAAGAACGGUGUCAACCCUCAUGGCGGCACCCAAUUCUACCAAUUUGCCGCCACCGUGUUUGCCAAGCUCCCCAAGUUCUUCAUUGAGCCUACUCCUUCAAUUGUCGGGCCCCGUGACGUCUCCUACGAGCCCCACCCGUUGCGGGUAUACGGUAGUGCCUCCGUCGGUAACUGCGGCAGCGACGUCUGGCACGACUCCCUGGUGCCUGUAUCGCUUGGGUUUGGCCUCAAGUACUUUGACUACUACGCCAACUUCGAUUUGGGCUACUUUGUCGCCCGGCGAUACGGGUCGUCGGACACCUCGGGAGUGAAAAACGGGUUACAGUUUUCGAUGACGAUCGGAGGCAGCAACCGCAUGUAG